CGUGCCAUCUCGCUUAGCAGCGACGCUCUUUAUGUCCUAGAAUCCAUUCCGCCUGGCGCAGACAUGGCCAAGUACGGCAGGCCGAAAGAACCCACACGCAGGGAGCUCCGCGAAGCAGAAAGAACGGGGAAACGCGCGUCCAAGCAGCGCGCACAGCUCAGCGCUGCAGUACAUGCCUCCGCUUCCUACAAUAGCUUGUCUCGCAGAAAACAUCGUUCUUCUACCCGUCCUCGUCCCAACAGGCUUGGUGGAAGGAAUAGGCCCAUCAACAUCUGCAGCUGGCCAUCUCCGCGUCCAAGUUCCUCACGUUUGGGAGACACGCGCGAUGACGCUGCAUCGGGUUCGGAGAGCCCGAAUUCAGUAGAUAGGACAACGCCGAUACUACUGCUCAAGGCCUGUCAAGCUGUUCUGCAGUCAAAUGUGGAUCAACUUGUUGCAGACCGUGAGCUGCUGAACGCCUUGCGGUCCAGAAGUCCCAUUCAAUCUACCUUAUCGCCUGACAUGAAGAGACGGACUUUCCUCCUGCACCGAAGAAUGUUAAACACGCCUCGUGGAUCGCCUACCUUUCCUUCUGAUAUCUCUCAAGCAGGUCCAGACAUGCUGCAUAGCUCCACUAGUUCUGGUCUGGGUCUCAUUGCGCUCUCACCUUCUUCGUCAAAGCGCCUUAAUCAGUCACCAUCGACAACGUCCUGUAAGGUCCUUAUGACCCCAGAGACCUCAUCACGUAUCAUGAGAGCCCCUCGUGCCUGCGGAUCCAGGAUACCUGUUUCAGGCUCAGUUCCUGCUUUCAUGCUCUACAGAAGUCCUCAUUCUGUCUCAGUCGCUCGAAGUACAGAACUUGGUCCAAGUGAUGCAAUCAUCCCUGCUGGGUCCUCUGCUCGUCUCGAUAUGAUGACUCCGCUUGGUUUCGCGCCCGAACAGUCUCCUCCGCUGUCUCCCGCCGCUGCCACAAAUACUGCACCCUUGGCCACUUCUCUGCUCCUUCUGCCAACGGCUAGUCCUGGGUCGGAGAGCCCCUUCACGUCUGGGCAGUCAAAAGCGCCUGGGACAUCGACAGACUUUCUUCGUUUUCAUCAGCGUGAUUUCGUCUCUGGCAGAAUUGCGGCUGGUCACCGUUCUCACAUGACAGAGAAACGUGCUUCGUCUGACCGUCCUGCGCUUCCUCUUCAUCAUGCGGUUCAUGCUACGCCUUUAUCGGGGCCACAACUUCUCAUUCCUGCUGCUAAUACAGAGACGCUGGCGGAGAUCGAACGGUCAGCUUCUCCGUACUUGCCCUCCACUCGGACAGACGACAGCACAGUAUCAAUCAACGCAGAAGCCAGGAAGUACCCUGAUGCUCGUUCUCACUCUGCUCGCGAUACAGCUGCGGCUGGCGGCUUUUAUCUGACUAAAGGCAACGAGUAUCAUGGUGCAUCGUCGCUGUCGUCCGCUCAAGCGCCUUGCACCAUUAGAAGCAAUUCAUUGCGGUUCAAGACCAUUUCGGAAGUAGUGCCACUGUCGUUCUACCCGCAGCCUUAUCCAGGGCCUCAGCAUGUUGCUACCGAGGACCGCAAGAUGUCGCCUGUUGGCCCCCCACUCUCGUCCUGUAGAACCGAUCGUCGCGAAGAGCCUAUGUAUGCGAUCCCGCAACCACAGUCGGUUGAGACACUGGCACCGGGAUUGCAUAAUGUGUAUACUUCCAAUCUUGGUGUCUUCCCCGACCAAUCAGGGCACUCUUCGUACCACGCGAAGAUUGUCCCGAAUCCUCUCGUAGCGACAUCUCCUAGUGCCGCGCCCGCAGUUAGCGCCCCUACGCUUGGGUCUAUUCCUAGACUACCAUUCAAUACUGAGACCGAAGCUACCUUCCGCUCUUUCAUCGCGCCUAGAACGCCGUCGUUUUAUGGCAGACAUCGAGUCGGAACCGCGCCCGUCCAGCCGCGCGCUGAUCUUUUCCUUGCGAGAUAUGAUCCUCAGGCCUGGAAAGCGUACGCGAAUGUGGAGGCGCAACGGGUUCACGAGGACAGCGAAUUGGAGUGGGAGGAUGAAGAUGAUGCACCGGAAUCCGUCCACGCUCGGAGAAAGCGGCGGGUGAUGAGGAGAAUGCUGGGCCUCGUGUAUCAAGCCCUGUCGAUGUUCCUUGUGAGUCCCUGGAGAUUGAUGCUAGGAGUGUUCGCCCGCCAGUGAUAGGUUGAUUGUAGCCUUGACGGCGACGUGUUGUUUCUCGC